CUUUAUUGUUGGUGUAUAUAUAUUGCGAUUUUUCCUCUCCCGUUCUGUCCGUCUGUCUGUCUGAAAGCAUUCGUUUCUUCUGUUUAUAGACAGCUUUGACGUAGUCGUUCUUCCGUCGCAUUGUCAAGCUAUCGCUCUCGCAACACACCGCCCUUCGAGACAGUGGAGAAGAAUAACUUCAAGAUGACGGCUCAUCAAGAUAUUGAGAAUAAGGCGCAAGCCGGGAUCUCCUACUUCACCCCCGCCCAAACCCCCCCUGCCGGUACCGCCCUCCCCAACGGCACACCCAUCCCCAAACUCUUCACCCCCCUCCACCUCCGCUCCCUAACCUUCCAAAACCGCAUCAUGCUCUCCCCCCUCUGCCAAUACUCCGCCAAAGACGGCCACCACACUGCCUGGCACCUCACCCACCUCGGCGGCAUCCUCCAGCGCGGCCCCGGGCUCACCAUGAUCGAAGCCACGGCCGUCGUCCCCGAGGGCCGGAUCACCCCUGAAGACAGCGGAUUGUGGCAGGACUCGCAGAUCGAGCCGCUUAAGGCUACUGUCGGGUUCGCGCACUCCCAGAACCAGAAAAUCGCGAUUCAGCUGGCUCAUGCGGGGAGGAAGGCGAGUUGUGUAGCGCCGUGGUUGAGCGCCGGUGCGGUAGCGACGGAGGCUGUAGGGGGGUGGCCGGAGAAUGUCCUCGCUCCCAGCGCAAUCUCUUUUUCCCCCGGCAACUUCCCAGACCCCAAGGCGAUGACGGUCCAGCAAAUAGAGGAGUUCAAAGUCUCCUUCGUGGCGGCGGCGAAGAGGGCGGUGAAGGCGGGGAUCGAUGUGAUUGAAAUCCAUAAUGCGCAUGGCUACCUGCUCCACGAGUUUUUGUCGCCGGUGAGCAAUACGAGGACGGAUAGCUAUGGUGGGUCGUUUGAGAAUCGCACGCGCUUGACGCUGGAGUUGGUGAGGUUGGUGAGGGGGUCGAUCCCGGAGGGGAUGCCGCUUUUUAUGCGGAUCUCGGCGAGUGAUAAUUUGGAGCAUGCGGAUUUCCAGGGGGAGAGCUGGACGCUCGCUGAUUCAGUCAAACUCGCGCCUCUACUCGCCGAAGCGGGCGUGGAUCUCCUCGAUGUCUCGAGCGGAGGAAACCAUCUAGGCCAGAAAAUCGCGCCGGUCCCAGGAUACCAGGUUGAGAUGGCGAAGAUGAUUAAGAAGGCUGUUGGGGAUAAGAUGGCGGUUGGUGCUGUGGGGUUGAUUCACAGCGGCAAGUUUGCGGAGGAGAUUUUGCAGGGGAAGGGGCCGGGAGAGGAAACGGUGGAGGGGGUGGAUGCGAUUUUUGUUGGGAGGGGGUUUCAGAGGAAUCCGGGGCUGGUGUGGGAUUGGGCGGAUGAGUUGGGGACGGAGAUUCAGGUUGCAAAUCAGAUUGGGUGGGGGUUUAAGGGGAGGGGGCCGAGGAAGCAGGGGAAGAAGUCGUAG